UCACUUCUCCAACAUUCUCUCCUCCAUGCCUCCUCACCUCUACACCCACCUCGCCCUCGCCCUCAUCCUCCUCAUCUCCUCCCCGCCAUGCGCCUCCGCCGCGACGACCGACACGCUGGCGGCGGGGGCCGGCCAGGCGCUCGCCGCCGGCGACAAGCUCGUCUCGAGGAACGGCAAGUUCGCGCUCGGCUUCUACAAGCCCGCGCUCCCCGCAGGUAGUAAGCUCGUCGGCAACGUCACCUCCCCCGGCUGGUACCUCGCCGUGUGGUUCAACAUGAUCCCGGUCUGCACCCCGGUGUGGGUCGCCAACAGGGCGAGGCCCAUCACCGACGCGGAGAUGAAGCUCGCGAAGCUGAAGCUCUCGCAAGACGGCGGCGGCAACAGCAGCCUCGCCGUCGUCGUCAGCAACGGCACUGGAUCCAUCGUCGUCUGGUCUGCACAGGCCGACGCUGCCACAACCACCAUGAACAGCACCACCACCGCGGUUCUCCUGGACAGCGGAAACCUCGUCCUGAGAGCCCCGCCCAACGUGUCGCUGUGGCAGAGCUUCGACCACCCGACGGACCUCGCCAUCCCCGGCAUGAAGUUCGGGUGGAACAAGCGCACCGGCGUCGAGCGCAGGGGCACCUCCAAGAAGAACCUCAUCGACCCGGGCCCCGGCGCGUACUCCGUGCAGCUCAACUCCCGGGGCAUCAUCCUCUCCCGCGACGACCCCUACAUGGAGUACUGGACGUGGUCGUCGGUGAACCUGGCGUACAAGAUGAUCCCGCUGCUCAACUCGCUGCUGCAGAUGAACGCCGAGACGAGGGGCUUCCUGACGCCGUACUACGUCAACAACGACGAGGAGGAGUACUUCAUGUACCAGUCGUCGAACGAGUCGUCGUCCUCGUUCGUCUCCGUGGACAUGUCCGGCCAGCUCAAGCUGAGCAUCUGGUCGCCGUCGGCCCAGUCGUGGAAGGAGGUGUACGCGCAGCCUCCCGACGCCUGCACGCCGUUCGCGACGUGCGGCCCCUUCGGCGUCUGCAACGGCAACGCCGACCCGUUCUGCGACUGCCUGGAGAGCUUCUCACGGAGGUCGCCUCAGGACUGGGAGCUCAAGGAUCGAUCCGGCGGCUGCGUCAGGAACACGCCGCUGGACUGCCCCUCCGGCGACCGGAGAUCCACCGACAUGUUCCACGCGAUCGCGCGCGUCGCGCUGCCCGCGAACCAGCAGCGGCAAGACAACGCUGCCACGCAGAGCGACUGUCAGGAGGCAUGCCUCAGGAACUGCUCCUGCAACGCCUACGCCUACAAGGACAGCACGUGCUUCGUCUGGCACAGCGAGCUGCUCAACGUGAAGCUGCGUGACAGCAUCGAGAGCCUCUCUGAAGACACCCUCUUCCUCCGUCUCGCUGCCAAGGACAUGCCAGUUUCUUCAGCCAACAGCAGCAGAGGAAAGCCAGCUGCUGUAGCUGCAGCUGCUGCUGCAGCUGCAGGCGUCGUUGGUUUUGGGUUGCUGAUGCUGUUCUUGAUUCGGAGGAACAAAUCCAAGUGCUGUGGCGUGCCACUGCACCACAGCCAAAGCAGCAGUGGGAUAGCGGCGUUCAGAUACACCGAUUUGAGCCAUGCUACCAAGAACUUUUCAGAGAAGCUUGGGUCAGGUGGUUUCGGCUCCGUGUUCAAGGGGGUGCUAAGCAAUUCCUCGACUCCUGUCGCAGUGAAAAGGCUGGACGGUUUGCAUCAGGGAGAGAAGCAGUUCAGGGCCGAGGUGAGCUCACUGGGACUGAUCCAGCACAUAAACCUAGUCAAAUUGAUCGGAUUCUGCUACGAGGGUGACAAGAGGCUGCUGGUGUACGAACACAUGGUGAAUGGCUCUCUGGAUGCCCAUCUUUUUCAUAGCAAUGGUGCCAUCCUAGACUGGAGGACCAGGCAUCAGAUCGCCAUGGGAGUCGCCAGAGGAUUGUCCUACUUGCACGAGAGCUGCCGCGAGUGCAUCAUACACUGCGACAUCAAGCCGGAAAACAUACUUCUCGACGCGUCGUUUGCCCCCAAGAUCGCAGACUUUGGGAUGGCGGCGUUUGUCGGAAGGGAUUUUAGCCGGGUCCUGACAACGUUCAGGGGAACCAAAGGGUACCUCGCACCGGAGUGGCUUAGCGGAGUCGCGAUUACUCCAAAAGUUGAUGUCUACAGCUUCGGCAUGGUGUUGCUGGAAAUCGUAUCGGGAAGGAGGAACUUGUCCGAGGCACAGACCAGCAACAAUUACCAUUUUGAUUACUUCCCCGUGCAAGCCAUCGGCAAGCUCCAUGAGGGUGAUGUGCAGAAUCUGCUGGAUCCAAGAUUGCACGGCGACUUCAACCUGGAGGAGGCUGAGAGGGUUUGCAAGGUCGCGUGCUGGUGCAUCCAAGAAAACGAAAUUGAUCGGCCAUCGAUGGGCGAAGUGCUUCGCGUUCUAGAAGGUCUGCAGGAUGUUGACAUGGCCCCCAUGCCAAGGCUGCUUGCAGCCAUAGCUCAAAGGUCUCAUGUGUAGUUUUCAAUUGUAAUAUUUCGUAAAUGCGUCAGUGUUUUGAGUUGUCA